CUUUCAGAAGCAGACCAGUGCACGUGGUUUUUGUUGUUUUUUGCGGUAAAUGGAAGAUCCUGAGGAAUUAUUAUAUUUCUGCAUGUAUUUCUGAAGGCUACUGGUUUGUAUUGUGAUUAGUUGAUAGAAGAAGCUCAAAGGUAUAAUCAUCUCUCAUUGAGUCUGAGUACCCGGCGUACUGUACACUGUAGUGUACCACCUCUGAACCUCAUAAUUUGGGACUUGUCAUGCAAGCCACUCUUCUGGAUUUGAUGAAAAUAACUGAAGUAAAAUGAGUGAGAAAAGUGCUAAAAAGACUGUAACACAGAAAAAGAGAAAAUUGUCUUUAAGUUCACCUGAGGUAAAUCUGGCAACCAAAAGGAAGAAACGAAAACAAGAUAAUGAGGUGAAGCCCGAAGCAGUUGCAGAAACUGCGAAAAAACUCAAAAGAAAGAAUGUAACUGGUAAAACACAGGUGGUGACAUCUGUAGUAAAAAAAAAUGCCAACAAAUCUGCAGAUAGUCAAGAAAGUUCUGAUGAUCAUUUGCCAUUGGCACAAAUUGCAAAGAGAAAGAAAACAACAAGCAGUGUCAGGAAAAAUCUUCAUGCAGAAAGAAAGGUUAAAAAAGAAAAACAUUCAUCUCCAAAUCCAGUAGGAAAGCCUGUUGAGGGAAAGGUUAAAAUAGUCAAGGGUGCUUAUGGUUGUAGUAAAGCCAGUCGUAGUAAAUCAAAAUUGGGCUUGAAAGAAGGAAAGAAGAUAACUGAAGCAUCUAUUGAAAAUGAAAAUUCUAGAGACUCGCAUCCAACAUUGUCUAUUGAUGGGAACAUGUUAGUCAAAAGGAAAAUGCUGUCUCCUAAAAAGCAUGGAAGAACCACCAAAGUUGAUAAACCUGCUAAAGACUCUCAAUUGGUGAAAAAUGUUGGAUCUUCUCCUCUUAAAACAAAAUCUAUAACACCUGAGAAAACAACAGUUACUGAACAUGAUGCUUUGGAAGAUUCAGAUGGAAAUGAGUCUGAGAUGGAUUGGGAGGAUGUUGCAGAAGCAUCUGGUUUAUUUGAUGAAAAAGAUGCAGAAUGUGAUAAUGACAAUGAGCCAUCCACAAGUAGCAAAGUUGAGGUUACUAUCCAAGUUCCAGGGAAGAAAAGCAAAUGUGGCAAGCCUUCUCAAGAAGAAAUAAGAAAAUGGAUACAGCGAAAAAUCAACCGAGUGAGACGAGAAGGCCAGAUAAGUGCACACAAAGUUCAUUUGUUGACAUUGUUGGCCAUAGGAAUGAAAAAGAAUGAAAUGUGUAAUAAUCAGCUGGUGCAGGCUAUUGGUCUGUCUGUUCUUCCUAAUGUGUUUACUCAACGUGAUGAUUUAAAGACUUGGGAUGUUCCGUUUCUUACAAGAGUCACCACUUGGAUGAAAAACAAAGCACCGAACCCUGGGGAAUUUCAUACAGGACACUCCGAGGGUACUUUCCUGAUGAGAGUCUUAGAAAAGAAAAUUUAUUUACUUAUUGCUAUACUUCGUGGUUUGGGAUUGGAUGUUCGCUUGGUUAUGUCGCUACAAGUUUUAAGCAACAAGUUAGAAGAUAUCAGUCAAAACUCGAAAUCGGAAUCAAAGAAAAGUAAAACACCUGGCAAGGCUAAACAACCAACAACACCAAAACAAGCGGCAAAAAAGCAACCGAAAACUACACCAAAAUCAAAGGAGACUUUAUUGAAUAAACUAAAAAACAAAUCAACUCCUCCUGCAACUGGUAGAAGCACGAGAAAAACAACCAAAGCAGACGAUAACACAAGUGAAACUAAAAGUGUAUACUUUACAUCACCUGAAAACGACUCUUCUGAUGAAGGUGACUUUGAAAUUCAAAAAAAGGCAACAAAACGAGGCAGUGCAUCAAAACGAGGUAGUGCAUCAAAACGAGACAGAUCAGGUUCAGAUCCUCUUGAAGAUGCGCACCCGAGUGUCGAGAGCAGCGGUCUACUAAAGAAAGGUCGUGAUAUUUGGGUCGAGGUUUAUCUCCAGAAAGAAAAAAAAUGGAUUUGUAUAGACGGUGAUAUAUCCAGUGUAAAUCAACCGGACGAAUGUGAAAAACUUGCCACAAAUCCAAUUAAAUAUGUUAUGGCUUUUGAUAACGAGUGUUCAAUUAAAGAUGUCACGUGUCGGUAUGCAAGUGGUUGGCUGACCACAACACCGAAAUUAAGAGUUGAUUCUGAUUGGUUGACAGAGACAAUGGACUAUUUUCGAACUAAGAACCAUAAAAGAGACAAAAAAGAAGAUUCACUAUUGAAAGCUCAACUUCUUCGAAAACCACUCCCACAAACGGUCUCGGAAUAUAAGAAUCAUCCUUUAUAUGUACUGAAAAGACAUUUGUUGAAGUUUGAAGCAAUCUAUCCCGAAUCUGCAGCUACGUUGGGAUUUUGUCGUGGUGAGGCUGUUUACUCUCGAGACUGUGUCCAUUCACUCCAUACUCGUGAAAUUUGGAUGAAAGAAGCACGAGUAGUUAAAUCCGGAGAACAAGCGUAUAAAAUUGUGAAAGGAAGGAAAAGCAGGAGAAAGAUGUUAGAAAAUGUGGGUGAAAUUAAAUCAGAAUUAUUUGGACGAUGGCAGACGGAAGAUUUUAUUCCACCUCCGGUUGUUGAUGGGAAAGUACCAAGGAAUGAAUACGGCAAUGUUGAAUUGUUCAAACCCAGUAUGUUACCUCUGGGUGCUUGUCAUAUUCAAGUCCCAGGUAUCCAUCGUCUUGCUCGUAAAUUGAAUAUUGAUGCAGUUCCUGCUGUUGUUGGCUUUGAUUUCCAUGGAGGAUUCAAUCAUCCUAUUAUCGAUGGAGUGGUGGUAGGUGAGGAAUACAAGGAACAGUUGUUGCUAGCAUGGGAUAAAGAGCAACAGGAAAAGAUCAAGCGGGAAGAAGCUAAACGUGAAAAACGAGUGCUUGAUAAUUGGACUCACAUUGUGAGGAGUUUGCGCAUCAGAGAGAGACUUAAACGUAAAUAUGCAACGGAGGAGGAAGUUGAAACAAAAGUUGAAAAGAAUGGUCCUGAAGAAUCUGAAGAUAUGACUGACAUAUCAUUAUCGUGGCCCCGGAAUAAACAAGAGGGCAAGACAGCUCGCGAUGACGAUGGACAUUGUCACGUGUUUUUACCGGCCAAUCACGUGCAAGAUCCUAUCACAGGUGAAUGGAGCAAAACAUGUGCUUGUGGAUUGAAAGAACCGCUUGAAAGAUCGUAAAAUGUUGUACGGGUAGGAUCAGAGAUGUUUUAUUUUUGUAUUAACAUUGUGUUGCUUUCAUUUGGUAAUGUAACGUUAACAUUACCGUGUGAGAGAACCGAACCAUUAGAUAGUAAUUAGCUAGUUUUGUUAACUUCAAAAACUGUUCAGCAUUUUAAUGUGUGCGGACAAUAUGAACAGUCAAGUACUCGUAUAAGAAGUUCAAUAUUAAUUGUUUUGUUAAAUAUUAGUUUUAAACACCGUUAUGUUGAUUGUACAGAAGAUAUAGGUGAGCCAAAAAUGUUAAUAUGGACAUGUACAAUAUAUUGCAAAGAAGUCGUUCAUAAAUAGAACAUAAAGGAGUGUACAUUUAUCUUAAUACUAUUAUGAGAAAGCAACUUUCUUUUAUGUAAAUUGCAUGUGAAUUAUCUUUAAACGUUUCGCAAAAUUAAGCUCCAGUGGAAAUUUCUAUCAAUUAGCCUUUCUCA